AUGGGGAACUCAUCGUCACGCACCAGUAAAGGCAGCCCGCCGCCAUCCUCAUCAACAAACACCAGCCCGCCGCCACCUCUACAGCCUAGGCGGCCCACCACCACAACUGCCGCAACCCCAACACAACACAGCAUUACAAACACCAGCCAGCCGCCACCUCUACAGCCGGGGCGGCCCACCACCACAACUGCCGCAACCCCAACACAACACAGCAUUACAAACACCAGCCAGCCGCCACCUCUACAGCCUAGGCGGACAAUCACCACAGCUGCCGCAGCCCCAACACGGCACAGCAUUAACAUCACCACAACAACCGCUGCACCUACCACUAUUUCAUCACGCCACAGCAGAAAAACAUCUGCAGUUUAUGGUUGCAGCACAAAAACAACAUACUCUGCAUCCCAUGGGUCGUCCAUUUGCUUUUCUCUCUCCCAAAGUCACCCAGUAGCUCCUGAGUUAGCCUCACAAAAUGUGAAAAACAUGGCCAACAACUAUGUAAUUCCAGCAACUUCACCAAGACAAUCCCAAGAUAUUGCAUCAUGUAAGGACAAUUCAUAUGCUAAACUUGCAGUGUGUCCUCAGUACAAUGGACAAGGGUGUGUGGCUGAGCCAUGCAGAAGACUUCAUAUCUGCUUCUACUGGGCUACCAAUACCUGUGAAAAGGCUACGUGCGAACGUGACCACUCCCUUGACACGCUGCACAACAGAAGGCUUCUUGAAGCUUGUCCACCAAAGAUUACCGGACAGCUUGAUGUUUCACUAAGUUUUUGGAAAAAAAAUCUAAGGUCGUCAUUAGAUGAAGAGCCACAAAUUUGUUUGAAUAGUGUUUUAAGGAGGUGCUCAAGGAAGUCUUGCCCUAGAGUACACUCGGCUAAAAAUUACUGUUGGGAGGUCAAAGUCGGCAGUAGGUGGACAGAGUUAGCCCACCACCAGGGUAACUAUUUAGAGCUGCUUUAUAGUCAUCCGUCUGUGAACUGUGCGGAUCUCAUACCUCUCCAGACUCCUUUACCCAAUAACGGAGACUUGAGGAAACUUAAUAGCAUCCUUUCAAAGGAAACCUCUUGGUCUGUGGACUUAGAGGCAAUGGAGCUGAGGGGACUUUCAUCGGUUCAUGAUAUUAGGAGGCUUUCCACCCCAUCAGACCUCAUCUCCAAUGUGUCGGUAGCCACGCGCUGGAUCUGGUACUGGCAGGGUAACAAUGACAGCUGGGAGCCUUAUGGUGAGGGAAUUUUUGCAAAGAUUUAUUACGUGGCUCUAAGUGACUGCUUGGAGUUAUUGCUUCGAGUAUAUUACAACAGAAAUGCCACAAUCAAAGUUGGCAGUCAUUACUACAGGAUUGAUGGCGAACAAAUGACCCAGACGAACAUAACCACCGGUAAGGUACGACGAGUUAGGAGAAGGCCGGCCUGCAGCUUAGUCAGCCGUGAGAGUGUCAAGCUCUACGAGUUAUUCCUGCCCUUCCUCACCACAAAGAAAUCCCUCAGGUUGCAGGUGAUGCCACUGAGCUCAGAGUUCGUCUUUGUAGAAAACCUAUUAAGACAAACCAUGACAGGGAUGCAGGUGGCCAGCAUUCACAGGGUUCAAAAUGACCACCUGUGGAAAGUGUAUCAGACUAAGAAGAGGCUCAUGGUUUCCUUGUACAAUGGAGAUUCCGAAGCCGUCAAUGAGCAGUACCUCUUCCAUGGCACGAAGCACGAUAUCAUCGAUCUCAUAUGCGAAGAAAACUUAGACUGGAAGCUCUCCGGCACCAACGUAGGCCAUGCUUAUGGUUGUGGGACAUACUUCUCCAACUUGGCGUCGCUGGCUCAUAUUUACUCCCAGAUUGACAAGACAGGCAACAGAGUAAUACUGGUGGUGCUGGUGCUGGUCGGGAAGAUGACGCGAGGCCACAAUAGUAUGAUCCUCCCGCCUGUAAACGUUGCUGCCGGGAGGACCUUCGACACCACCUGCAAUAGUGACACGGAUGCCACUAUCUUCGUCAAGUACAACAGGGACGAAUAUUACCCGGCCUAUGUGGUCAGGUACAGCCAUGAGGACGUGAGGGUUCUGCAGUGAA